AUGAGGUUCCCACAGAGCGUACUGCCCGUAAUUGGGGCAGUGUCGGCUCUGUUCACACUCGUUCAAGCGCGAUCUCAAGCGUCAGAAGCUAUUCGCCGGACCACCCCGAUCGAUAAUGCUGUUAUUCGCACCGAAGCACACCAAAUAGACCACCUCUCACACUUUGAUCUCACCUUCGAAUUGCACCGCGACGGACAGCGGAUCAAGCUGGAGCUCGAGCCGAAUCACGAUAUCCUCGCCGACGAUGCCUACGUCCAAUAUAUUGGCCCUGAUGGACUCUGGGAAGGCGAACCCAUCCAAAGACACGAGCACAAAGUCUUUCGCGGCCGGGCCCUGGUCGGCUCGGGUCAGGGACGAUGGACUCCUGCAGGUUGGGCUCGGAUCAGCGUAAGAAAGGACGGCCCCGAGCCCCUGUUUGAGGGUGCGUUCAGUAUCGACCAUAAUAAGCACCACAUCGAGCUGCAGUCAACAUACCUGGCCAAAAAGCGCCCCAUCGACACCGAUAUCGAGCACCGAAGGGGCGACUACAUGGUAGUCUACCGAGACACCGAUAUGAUUCAACACCAUAGCGAGCUCAAGCGGUCGCUGGAGGAUCCCACGGGUUGCUCAGCGAAUAAACUCGACUAUAACGCUGAUUUGACCAACUCGAUUUUUCCCUUUGGUGUCGACCAGCCGGAUAGCCAAUGGGGAGUCAUGCCACUGAAUUCGUUGUUUGGGCUCAGCAAGCGCCAAUCCAAUGAUGUGCCGGGAUCUGGUAAUACGGCCGGCGUGAAUCUGAGGAGCACUGUUGGCGAUACAUCUGGAUGCCCCAAGACCAGAAAGGUGGCUCUGAUUGGUGUGGCAACGGACUGUAAAAUGAGUGACUUUUUCAAAUCCAACUCAACCCCCAAGGAUGCGGCAAAGGAUUUUGUCAUCAACAUGGUCAACACAGCAUCGAACUUGUACGAGGACUCAUUCAAUGUGUCUAUCGGGUUGCGCAAUCUCACUGUGAACGACCAACCUUGUCCAACGACAGCCACUGCAGCGGCACCGUGGAAUAUUGGCUGCGAUGGCGGAAAUAUGACCUGGCGACUGAACGAGUUCUCCAAGUGGCGUGCAAGUAACGCGGACAGCAACGCCUACUGGACCCUGAUGACCGGCUGCCCUACUGGCCAGGAGGUCGGCGUUUCCUGGAUGGGUGCUCUGUGCAACUCCGACGUUGUCACCUCGAGUGAUGGUAACUCGGUGUCGGGCGCGAAUGUCGUGGUCGGCAACCAAGGCUCUGCAUGGCAGAUCUUCGCUCACGAGACCGGACACACAUUCGGAGCAGUCCAUGAUUGUGAUACGUCGGCAUGCUCUGACCAUCUAGAAGUCUCUUCCCAGUGUUGCCCACUAACAUCGACUACUUGUAAUGCGAAUGCCAAGUACAUCAUGAAUCCGUACGCAGACCCGAGCAUGACAACCUUCUCUCAAUGCACAAUCGGCAACAUCUGCUCCGCCAUUGGUCGCAAUAGUAUCAAGUCAACCUGUCUCUCCGACAACCGCGGAGUCACGACUAUCAUCGGCAGCAAGUGCGGCAACGGCAUCGUCGAAACUGGCGAAGACUGUGACUGCGGCGGCGAGGAAAACUGUGCUAGCAAUGCCUGCUGCGACGCAAAGACAUGCAAGUUCAAGAACAACGCCGUCUGCGAUGACUCCAACGACAGCUGCUGCACCAGCUGCCAAUUUACACCCGCCAACACGGUCUGCCGCGCGAGCACAAACGCCUGCGACAUUGCCGAGACCUGCUCCGGAAACUCGAGUUCCUGCCCCAGCGACACAUACAAAGAUGAUGGCUCCUCUUGCGGUAGUGGUCUCACCUGUGCCAGCGGGCAAUGCACGAGUCGCGACUAUCAAUGCCGUAGUGUCAUGGGCUCCCUCCUCAGUACCAACGAUACCUGGGCCUGUUCGAGUGAGAUGACGAUGAAUCCAUCUUGCCGCCUGGUUUGCGGCACGGCCGAGCGACUCCAGGGGUAUCCCCCCAACACCUGCUUUGACACGUACCAGAACUUCAUGGACGGUACACCCUGUGACUCUGGCGGUCGCUGCUAUGGCGGCCAGUGCAAGGGUUCCUCCGUAGGAGGCUGGAUCAAGGAUCACAAAAACCUCGUCAUUGGCAUUGCUGUUGGCGUGGGCAGUCUCAUCGUCCUCACCGUGCUCUUUUCUCUCGUCCAGCGAUGCCGUGCGGCCCGAGUUAGAAGGAACAUGGCGAAGAAUGCCCGUUCUGCACCUGUGAUGGGCCGUUAUCAGGGCCGCAGGCUUAGUCGGGGACCUCCUCGUGGAGCGCCGCCUCCACCUGGUGCUCCCUAUGGUCCUCCGCCUGGUCCUCCGCCUGGUCCGCCCAUGAAUCAGUGGUAUGGCCACCCUGAUUCUGGAUAUCCUAACGGUGGAUAUCCACAAGCGCCUCCGCCUCGGUACGCUUAA